AUGGUCAGCUACCCCUUCCGACUCGUCGCCUCCGGUGCCAAAUGUGUCAAGAACAUCCUCCAAGGCAUCUGGGGCCUCUUCCCUUGGUCCCAUCGGAAGCGGAUGGAGCGAGAGGACAAGGAGCGGGAGCUCGCGCAUAACCAGUACUUCGUCGACCACAUCCUCAGACCGGCUGCCGCUGCGCCCAUCAGCACAGUCCUGGACGAACCUCCAUCGGAGAAUACCAGCCCCCUCUUCAAUCGGAUCCCACCGGAGAUCCGUCGCGAUAUCCUGCUGCAUGCCUUUGGCGAGCACACGCUGCACAUGGACCUGGGAUUCCAAGCCCCGCCCAAGCGCGUGGACGAGGAGCCUACCGAUCCUGAUACGACUGCCCAUGCGGGGAUUGAAUCCCAAGAGUUCAUACCCUUCGGCGAUAUAAAGGGAGAGUGGAGAUGGGCCGGCAGCGUCUGCCAUCGCUCCCCGCCGGAAGACAACCCAUUGUCGCUGGGCCGGCUUCGAAGUGAUCCCCUCGUACGCGCCAGAGGUUCGGAUUACACCGACGGGUGCUUGGUUGGCGAGGCCGCCUGUCCGCAUUGGCCAGGACAGUGGCCCGUCAAAUGCCAGAUCGGCAUCAUGGGCUGGCUUUUGAGCUGUCGCCAAGCGUAUCUGGAGGGAAUGGAGGUCCUGUACGGAACAAACACGAUCCAGGUCUCGUGCAAACUUCUCCUCCGUGGCUUCCCGGAGCUGGUCUCCUCGACUGUCAUGUCGCACAUAACGUCGCUCAAGCUUGUCAUCAACCCACAGAAGUUGCCCCUUCGGCGUGUAUUCAUGGGCCACUUUGAACAAUUUCGCUAUCGGCAGACACCGCAGAAACCGCUUUUCCCAUCCCUGAUCUAUCUCCACAUCUGGCUCACCGGUCCGGAUUAUGAACUUCUUGGUAUGGCAGACGCCGAUGCGCUUAUGGCUGCAAGUCACAAUGUGACCAACAUAUACGCACCACCGGACUUGGAUACUAUGAUUAUCAGACUUGCACCGGCUACAGCAACCGUGACUGUGACUUGCCCGUUCACUGUGUGGUACACGGAAGUUCGAGGGGAUCACUAUAAUAGUCAGGGGGAGGAGUGGACACAGCAGCGAGAAUCGGACUAUGGAGGCCUGGAGUUCUGGCGUCAGAUGCCUGUUGAAGGGCAGCUGCCCAAGACAACUGAAGAGUGGCAGGCAGCCAAGAAGAAUGGGCGAGGAUUCUGGAUCCAUCGUGGUCUAACAGAAGAUGCCCCUCUGAUCCGGGAAGAGCAGCACUGA